UACAAGCAACUGGUUUUAACCACUGAUAAAACAUAGAACUUCUAGAUGUACAAUACUCGGCUCACACUGGUAGGCUGAUAAUAACGAAUGAGGGGGACGGCAAUUUUCGCUCUAAUUGUAACGGUCAUUGUUGAGAAUGUAGAGGAUGGUUCAUGUAUGUUUAAACGCUGACGACACGCCUGAUAUAGCGGUCCUAUUCAUUGAUUCCUUUGGUCGUGUUCUGGGAAGAGACGUUUUCGAAGGAUCAGCCGGGAGCUGAGAAUGAGAAGUGUAAGAGAAAGGGAAAGUCGCACAGAGGUAGAGUGAAAUGUUAACUGCCGAUACACAUCCAGGAGACCAAGUUAAUAACUCUUCGCCCUAGGGCGUGGUGAAUAUUAUUCUACAACAGUUCUUCAUAAUAUCUUGACAAUCAACAAAAUGGUGAAGAUCAUAUUUGUGAUGUACGUGGCUUUUGCCUUGGAGUCAGCACAUGGCCAAUGUGGAGACCACUGCCUCGACUGUAAGCAUGGUACUUGCAGAGAGUGUAUAUUUGGAUGGUUUGGUGCUGACUGCUCCAAGAAGUGUCAAGGAUGCUGGUAUGGUAGAUGUGAACAGGACACAGGGAGAUGUGUACAGUGCUCGCCUGGAUACUACUCUGAUGGAUGUUUUAAAAGAUGUUCACUUAAUUGCUGUGCGAGUGUUGAUGGCAACCGGUACUGUGACCGUGACGCAGGGAGGUGUCUGGAGGGGUGUGUCCCUGGUCGGUGGGGGCAUCAGUGUCAGAAACCCUGCCCCGGCAACUGUGAUCAAUCUGCAUGUCACCAGGAUGUGGGAACAUGUCUUCUUGGCUGCACUGAUGGAUGGUUCGGCGGCCAGUUGUGUGAUAAACCAUGUCCAGAAAACUGUCUGUGGAACAGAUGCAACCUUGUCCAGGGAUACUGUGGUCAAUGCAAGCCAGGGUUCAUUGGGCCGAAGUGUGACAUACGGUGUAGGAAUUGCGUGGACAAUACAUGCACAUACAACGAACUGCUCUCCUCAGUUACUUGUACCAGGGGAUGUGUCAGAGGAUGGUCGGAUGAGGAUUGCCAGUCUCCAUGCAGCAACAGAUGUGUGGGAGUUGAAUGCAACAUAAAUGGCACCUGUAAGAAGUGUCCAGAUGGUCAUUACGGCGGCAACUGUACUGUGCCAUGUGCAUCAUCUUGCCUGAGGUGUGAACAGACAUCCGGGUUAUGUACUUCAAAACGACAAGGAAGAUACCUUCUAAACGAGAACUCAAAUGACUCGCCAACCAAGUCCACAGUCAUGUUGUCUCAAGGUUCCCCGACCAUCAGUCCAAUCAGCUGGAUGUGGAUCUCAGCAUCUCUAUGCUACGUGCUCAAUCACGGAUGGGAUUGAAACGACAGUCUUAACAGAAUUUUAGAUAAAAAAGUGUUUUCGUGUUUAUUGAAUUUGAAAGCAUAAAGGUUUGGAAAUUCUAUUUAGAAAUUUGAGGAAAAAAUGGAAAAUUAAAAGCUAUGACACGAA